CUUAUCUGCAUAAUUUCAUUGAGUUUCUUCGUUUUUGAUCCGACCUCAAAUCAUCAAUUUCUCUGCAACAGGGGUGACUAUUCUCUCUCGACCGCCAUGAUCUCUGGCCAGGUUAGGUGAUGUACCAUUUCUGGAUGAUCCCCAGCCAGUUCGAAUCCAUUGAAGCCAUGAUAUCAGCGCUCUCAAUUUCUGUGCAGUCAACAUCCAAGAAGGUGAUUACGAGGGAGGAGUGGGAGAAAAAGCUUAAGGAUGUGAAGAUUAGGAAAGAGGAUAUGAACAAGUUAGUGAUGAACUUUCUAGUGACGGAAGGCUACGUUGAUGCUGCUGAGAAAUUUAGAAUCGAAUCGGGCACCGAGCCGGAAUUAAAUCUUGCAACAAUAGCUGACCGCAUGGCUGUCAAAAGGGCUGUUCAGUCUGGUAAUGUGCAGGAUGCUAUUGAGAAGGUUAUUCACUUGAAUCCUGAGAUUUUAAAUACCAAUCCACAUUUAUAUUUCCAUCUACAACAACAAAAGCUGAUAGAAUUGAUACGAUAUGGAAAAGUAGAAGAGGCUCUUGAGUUUGCGCAGGAGGAGCUUGCCCCAAGAGGGGAGGAAAAUCAAAACUUUUUGGAGGAGUUAGAGAGGACUGUUGCACUCCUGGCAUUUGAGGAUGUAAAGAACUGUCCGUUUGGUGAACUUUUGGAUCUGUCACAACGAUUGAAGACUGCAAGUGAGGUGAAUGCUGCCAUAUUGACAAGCCAAAGCCAUGAGAAAGAUCCGAAACUUCCAAGAUUACUGAAGAUGCUUAUAUGGAUCCAAAACCAACUUGAUGAGAAGGCCGCUUAUCCUCGUAUCAAUGACUUAACCACAGCGGCACUUGAAGAACCAGCCAUUUGAAAGUGUAUUCCAUGUAAGUGGCGUGAUCUUGCAUUUCCAGUGGAGUCAUACGGUGUCUUGUGAAUAGUUUCUUCUUGUUAACCACUUAUGAUUCCUUUGCACUUGUUUAGUAUUUAUAAGUGCUAUUUCUCUGUUACAAUCAUGUUGCUCUGUAAUUAUAACUUCAGUUUCAUAUUCACAGCUAAGUAUAGAGUUUUUAGUUAUACUUUUCUUUGAUGAGUAUUUAAUGGUACUGUUUAUGUUUUCAACUUUUCUGAACUUGAUCUAUUGAAGAGAAGGCUGUUUCUUAUUUUCAA